AUGGAGGUCUCUAUGCCCGUGCUGCCUUCACAGCAUACCGACUACGCCGACGCGUCGGCCGUCGCCGCCGUUCGCCACCAUCGUCUUCCCCUUCAGGAAUCCACUGGCAAUGUGCAACCCCAUGCCAGCGGCCCCAACAGUGCCAGCAACAGCAACCCGGCCUCGGGCUACUGCUCUCCAGUCACCGCCGUGCCAGCCGUCGUCUCAUCGGCCGCAUCCACAUCGCUGCCGCUUGUCUCAUGCACGCCAGCCUCUGCCACGCCAACACCUUCCAUUCCCACGCCUCCCAUUGUGCCUACGCAGUCGCUUGACCGCCAGCAGCAGAAUGCCUACCACCACAGCCAGCACCAGCAGCAGCAGCAGCAGAACCUGUACUCGGCAGGGUCCCUGGCCAAGCCUCUCUACCAGCAACCAUCACAACACCAUCACAACGAGCAGCAGCAGCUUCUGGCAAGACGCCAGUCGGUUGUUCGCCAUCACAAUGCGAGCAGCCUCGCCGGCAUGACCGGCCCGCUGGCGGGCAACAACCUGCUCAGCAACACCUACUAUGGCCAUCCUGGUAUCCACUCAGUGACGGGUGGCGCCUCCAACAACACCGCCCUUGCGCUACAGGUGGCCGCAGCGGCUCAGACCAACACGGAUGUCAACCCCAUCUACCUGUCGCCACAGUUUCAGGCCUACCGCAAGAAACAGGGUGAGAAGGACGACAAGACCGAGCAGAUCUGGCCGGACGUCCUGGAGGAUGCCUUCCUCGACGCUCUUCUGCUAAUCCCGCAGAUGGGCCGCAAGAAGUAUGCUAUGCGCGGCCAGCUGCAUGGUCGCAACAUGCUCAUCAGCGAGUACCUGUGGGUCGCCUACUGCCUGUCGCUGCCGCCUGGCGCGAAGCCCGACCGCAAGAUGGCCCGUGGCCGCAAGCAGGUCUCCAGCCACAUCCAGGUGCUCAAGAACUUUUUCAUCCACCAUCGUACCGGCCCAGCUGCUAACAACCCAGACCACUUUUUCUUCCCCAGCAAGGAGAAGAAGGAGGACAGCCGCAAGGACGUUGUCGAGAAGGAGUCCUUCAAGGACAACCCGGUCCUGCGCGCCCUCUUCGAGGGACGCCUGCCCGACGAGCGUCCCAACUACGAGUACUUUGGCCAGCUGUUGGCGUCUGAUGCCCUCGUGGCGGUCCGCCCCAGCCUCUGCUGGAUUCUCGUGUCUUCGUCCGCCGUCCGCUUCGAGAGCGAGGGCCACCGCCGCGGCGAGGCCUUCAAGAGCGAUGGUCUGCCCCUCGACGGCCGCAUGUACCCGCACCUCGGUCUCAACCUUAAGCGUGAGGAGUGGCCCGAGCGUGGCAAGAUCAUCCGCGGCACCCUGUUGCAGGAGUACACGCGCGCUCUCAGCCAGAAGGAGGCCAGCUCCGUCCGCGAGGUCUCCCAGGACUGGGAGGAGCGCUUCCCCGGCCCCAUGAUGGAUGCCCUGGACGGCAUUGUGCGCGACGACCUGCGCGACAUUCUGCACUUCCACGUCACCCUCGACGUCCAGGAGCCUGACCGGUUCCCCGAGGGCUCGGAGCUGAACAGCCUCGUCGAGGUCACCAUUGAGCAGCCCAACCUCCAGAACCACCGCUGGAAGUCGGUGACCCGCCUGGCUCGCCCAUGGGAGCUGAUGCCGAGCGGUGCCACCGCCGACGAGGGCACCAACGAUGCCGACCAGGUCCCCGUCUCGGUCAUCACGCGCGAGAUUGGUAACCAGUACAUGCACCGCCCUGGCUGCCACGGCGUUGGCAACGGCGGCCACUGCGACUGCUUCCACGGCUCGCGCCUGCGCCGCCAGCAGCUGGCCGUGCCUUUCCCGGCUCCCGAAUGGGCCACCAUGCUGAGUAUGCUCACCGGCUACCGCAAGCAUCCGCUGGAGCCCGAGAACGGCAGCGACGGCUCGGAGAUGUACACCACGACCCAGCGCGCCAGCUCCCUCAAGAAGAGCAGCAGCAGCAGCAGCAAGCGGUCCUCGUUUGGGUCGACCACGACGACCACAACGACCACCACCUCACGCCGCCAUAGCAACGAUGCUGGUGACGAGACGGGCGAUGAUAGCUUCGUGUCGACCUCAUCCUCGGGCAGCAACGGCAGCAAUGGUGCGCCUCCCACGCAGAUGGAUCUGGUUCGCAACAUUGCCAUGCUCCAGGAGCUGUGGUCGUGCGGUCCUUCGUCGGCCACGACCACCUCGUCGCCGCCAGACGAUGGCGCCGCCGAUGGACAGACCUGGACACGCCGCGCUGUGAUCCUGUGGACCUUUGAGACGGUCUACAGCGUCAACGAAAAGAAGAUGGAGGUGGUCAAGAGCCCCGCGGGCACUGGCUGGCGCUUCCUGACGACCAUUGACCCCACGUCGCAGUUCCACCAACAGCAGGCUCUCGUGACGCCGGCCAUCAAGGCUCAACAGCAGCAGCAGCAGGCAGCAGCGAUACAGCACCAGCAGGCCCAGGCCCAGGCCCGGUACCAGCCGCAAAUGCACACACCGGCACACCACCAGCAGAUGGGCUACCCCACGAGCCGCGACAACAUUAUGUCGCCGCACCCGGGCUACCAGCAGCAUCUCAAUGCCGCUAUGAGCGAGCACCUGAGCGGCGCGGCCUGGGAUCCCACCAUGGCAGCGGCUGUGGCUGCAGCCACCGGCUAUAGCAGCAUGUCGACCACGACUGCCACUGGCUACAACCCCGCGGCUCCUGCGGGAACCGUCUACCGCCAGCACCACUCGCUGUCGCCGCAGGCACCGCAGCCCUAUGGCGUGCCGUCGCCUCUCAACCUGCUGGACACGACGGCCGCUGCCUAUGGUGCCGGCCUGACCACGCCGCCACCCACAGCCUCUCUCCCUUCGCCCUACGACCACCACCAGCAGCCGUCGUCAGCCGCCAGCGUGGGUGCGUCCAACAACGGUGGCAACAACCCCUACACCCACCACCCCCAGGGAUUCCAGAGCCAGCUGAGCUUCAUGUCGGCAGGCUCGACGGCCUCGGGUAGCUCGCCCGGUGCGGAAAACCACCACCACAGCCACCACAACACCCACCGCGCCCAGCACCAUCAGCAGUCGGUCCAAAUUGACCCGUUCCUGGCGGGCGGCGGCGGUGGUGGUGGUACGUCCGGUGUUCACCAGCACCACCAGACGACGGGCGGUGCCAGUGAGCUGCCCGACUGGGACGCCAACGACAUGACGUCGGCGCUCGAGGGUUGGCCGGCAGUGAACGGUGCGCCUACCUCGACCACGACCUCCACAGCACCGCAAACCCGCGGCCAGAAGCGUGGCCGGUCCGAUAGCCUCGACGGCGGCAACGGUGGCUUCCCUGCGGCGUCCAUGCCGAAGCUCAACCACAACGGCUUCAACAACUGGCGGUAA